UUUGUUACCUUCUCGAUAGCCUCCUCCUCUACCAUCAUCUCUCCCACAAACUCAUCAUCGUGUAGUUUUAGGCCAUCUGAGGGCCUUUGAAUGGCUCUCGGCCUCCUUCAUUUUUCAUAGCAUUUGUGUAGUGUGUGCAAAUCCAUCAUCGCAUCUUCAUAUCUGAAGAAAUGAAGGUGACCACUCAGCUCAAGCCCAUGGCCUCCUCGUCGACGUCGCCGUCGCCGUCGCGGCUGCCGCGGAGCGCGAGCGGCAAGGCGCCCACCUCGCCGCCGUCCAGCUCCAACGCCUCGCGCCGCCACCACCAGCAGCCGCCGCGGGCCUCGGCGUCGACGCCCGCCACCCCGGCGCCGUCGCGCCACCACCUCAGGUCGCUGUCCAUCAGCUGCAUGACGAUCAGGACCGACGACGACUCGCCGCCGCCGGCCGCCACCCACAAGGACAAGGCGGCGACGGCCAAGCCGCUGUCCUACUACUCGUCGAUGCUGUCGCCGAGGAAGCUCAUGCAGCGCGCGUCCCGCGCGUUCCGCCGCAGCAAGUCGUCUCGCCGGAGGAAGAGCAAGGACGACGUCAUCGUCGGCGUCGGCGGCGGCGGCGGCGACAUCUCGGCCUCGGUCAACGGCAAGGGCUCCGAGUCGUCGGCGAGCGUGCCUUCCUUGGAUGCGAUCACUACCACCGACGACGACGUCCAUGGCGGCGGCGCAAGGCAAGAUCAGCAGGAGGUCGUCCCGGAGAAGAUCAUACACGAGGCGAACACGCCGGUGGUGAUCGCCGUCGCGGCGGUGGAGGAAGAAGAGCCGAACACGAUCAAGUCGCCGGAGCCGGAGAAGGAGAUCGCGACCACCGCCACCACCAUCAUCGAAGAGGAGGAGGUGGUCGACGACGACGAGCCCAAGAAAGGCGACGCCGCUGCUACUCCAGUGCCCACCGACUCGCCUGCCGCCGCCUCCUCGACGGAGGAGGACAAGUUCGUCGUGGUGGUGAAGGAGGAGGACAAGUUCUUCGCGGUGGUGAAGGAGGAUGACAAGUUCGUGGCGGUGGUGAAGGAGGCGAUCAAGAAGCAGCGUGACGACGACGCCGACGGCGACGAGCUGGUGCGGAGGUUCAAGGGGAGCAGGGUGAAGACGGCGAUGGAGAAGAGGUCGGAGGAGGAGCAGCCUCGCCGGCGGGAGAUGGCGCGGCGGAGCAACGACGUGAUCGAGGAGGCGCGGAGCAAGCUCCUGGAGAAGCGGCAGUGCAGCAGGGUGAAGGCGCUCGUCGGCGCCUUCGAGACCGUCAUGGACGCCAAGCCCGCCGGCGACGGCGCCGCCGCCAAGCCGCAGCACUACCACCCUCGCCGUUGAUUAAGGAGGAGGAGGCCUUAAUUGAAGGAGAUUAAUAACCACUAAUGCUUGCUUGCUUCGUAAAUUCGCCUUUUGGAUUUAUUUAUUUACUGCUCCGACUUUUCGUCACACACUAUACUACUGCAUCACGGAGUAAAUAUAUGAUUAUUCUGUGAUGAUUUAAUUAAGGAGGGAGAUGAUAGAGGAGGAUGAUGUACUCAUUUUGUUUCAGAAAAAUUUCUGCACUGA